AACGUACCGUGUCUUUGCAACAGCAUGUAAAAUUCGUAACGUUACUGAUCUAAUUACAACUUUCCCUUAACAAAUGAAAUCCACGUGUAAAUAGAAUGUUUGAAAGUAAUCGAUAUUUGUCUUAUGUUUGCUGAAUAUUAAAAUAAUAUUUUGUGUCGGGGUAAAAAUUAUUUGCUAAUCGCACGUCAUUAAUUAGUUCGAUUGACGUAUUUUAAAACACAUUAUGCCGCCGUAAUAGGGAAUACACUCGCAGUCGAAUCGAAUGAAAAAUGGCCGCCAACGUGAGAACAGAAAUGCGAAUUCCAACACGUUCAGCCCCUCGUCCACCUGUUAAUUCGACGGCUCAGAGAACCGCCGUAUGGAAUAACUCAAAUGAUAUUUUUGGAUCUACAUUAGCACAACAACCGGUUCAGAAAAGAAAACCGCCUCCUCGACCACCACCACCGAAGUUUAACCAGAAUUAUGCACAGGCUCACAAGGACAGACUAAAGAAACCAGCAAGGCCAACAGAGCUCUUAACGAGUCUAUUUGGGAAGAGAAGAAAUGAUCAUCAUUCGAGCACAACACAAUUAAAUAGUCAAGUACAGAAUACAUUACUGCAUUCAGAAAAUAUAAAUGGAUCAGUUUCUUUGAUAGACUUGAGUCCACCUGGAUCUCCAACUUUCACAACGCGCUCAAGUAGUGAUGGUGUCAGUAUAGAUAGUUUUGGCAGCGAUGGUAAUUCAAAUCCAUCAGUGUUCACCAGCAGUGGAAAUACAUCUCAGACAGAGAGCGGCUUUGAAGAUGAUUUCGACUUCUUUGGAAUGUCUACUAAAAAAGUAACACAAAAUGAUCCCUGGCACGUUAAUUCUGUGCCAGACCCGUUCGGACCAUUGGAAGUUGCUAAUCACAAUGCAUUACAAUCUGUAAAGUACGCGGGAGAUGUAUCCUUCUUUGCUUUUAAUACAAAUAAUCAUAAUCAAGUGCCUUCUAAUCAGGCAUGCUCGAAACCCAUUCAGUCGAUGCCAACUAUUAUUCGUGCAAAACCACCUAAACCAGCUGCACCAAAAAUUCUGCCAAAGAAAAUAGGACAGAAUAUAAAUCACGUCGAAAGUGAAUUAAAGUCUUUGAGUAAAGCAACAGUGUCUUUUACUAAGCCAGUGACGUUAGACUUAACGCAUUCAUGGCCAACAGAUUCUAAAGAUAGUCCUUCACCGCCAAUGCCUACAAUACCACCACCUGCACCACCAUCAGAAUAUUUAAUGGAAGGAAGCUCUGAUCUUCUAGUUAAUAACAAAGAACCCUAUGGUAUUGCGCUUUAUGACUUCCACGUAACACACGCAGAUGAUUUACCAUUCAAAGAAGGAGAUAUAAUAUACUUAAUAAAGAAAGUUAACGACGACUGGAUGGAGGGUAGAAUAGGAAAUCGUCAGGGAAUAUUUCCAAUUAAUUUUAUUAACAUCAAAGUUCCACUACCUGGUGUUCCAGACAAUACUGUCACUGCUAUAUAUUCCUUUAAAGGCGAAACUUCGGAUGAUUUAACGUUUGAUGAAGGUGCAAAAAUUACAGUUUUAUCAAGGAUAUCACAAGAUUGGUUUUAUGGUGAGUGUGAAAGUCGAAAAGGACAAUUUCCAAUAAAUUAUGUAAAUAGAGUCCCAUGUAAUAUUCCAUUAUCACAUUAAUUAUUUUGUACUAAUAUUUCGGUAUUUUCUCUAUUGUAAAUUUAGUUUUCAUUCUUUAUACCGAAUAAAUGUUUGUGCAACGGUUUUUUCUUGGAGAAGAAGAAAUCAAAUGUUUAUAGUUCAUUGUUUGAAGUGUGUGCUUUACUUAGCCACGUUGAACAGCUAAAGAUAUAUCUCAGAAAAAUUAUAUUCGUGAAAAGACUGAAUUGUAUGCAAUUACGCAUUGCCUUGUAAAUUUCACGGGAAUGAUAUUUUUUUAUUAACAUUUAAAUCGAAUUUUUAAAUCUAAAAAAAUUAUGUACAACGAGAAUAACUUUUCUCUAAAACUUCCA